AUGGCCACCAGCUUCAUUUUGCAGCGCCUGCAGCAAUUACCGCACCCCGUUCUCGACACGCAGGGCGUGGAGCAGGUGGCCAGCAACCUCAGCGAGGCUCUGGAGUUCCUGGGGCGUGACCCAGACGGUCAGGUGUCGGCCCACUUCAAGGCGUGGAAAGAAUACUUUGGGGAGCGGGAGCAGCGGCUGUACUACUGCAACGACGAGGUUGGGUACAACUCCUGGGACGCGCCGCCCUGCUUCAAGUUCAAUGAGUGGUACCUCGACUCGCAGCUGUAUGCCAUCUCCCUGCGCCUGGCCCGCGACAUCUACGAGACCCUUGGCAGCUUCCUCACCCGCCACCCGCCAGAGGCGCUGAACACCCUGGCACGCCUCGUCUGCAACGUGGCUGAUUGUGCCAACGAGGUGGAGCGGUACCGCAAGGUCAAGGUAGACAACCCCAAGUUUGCAGAGGCGGUGUGGGACGUAGCAGGCGCAGCACAGAUCCUCUUCCUCGUGGGCUUCCAGCGGCAGGGCCAGGCGCUGAGCAUCGCGGCAGACGCACCCCUGGGGCCGGUGCAGGCGGCGGCGGCCCGGCUGCGCCGCCUGGCAGACCGCAAGGGCCACAGCGGCGCCGCCAUUGCAGUCAAGGCGGACGGCGAUGGGGCGGAUGGGGGGCGGCAGGCCUCGCCCUUCUACAACACACCGGGCUUCCGAUACCAGGAGCAGAUCUGGCACUGCAAUAUCUGCGAUCACCCCAUCAACGACGGCAGCGAGCGGCUGUGGACGGGCAAGCAUGAUGCACCGCACGGAGAAUACCUGUGCACCACCUGCGAAGAUGCGGGCACAAAGUUUAACCUGUGCCAGGCCUGCUGGGACACUUUCCAGGAGCAGGUGCAGCAGGCCAGCGGCGGCGGCAGCAGCAGCGGCGGCGGCGGCGCGGGCAGCAGCCGAGCGGCGGGGCCGCCGCUGCACAACGUGCGCCACUCAUUCCAGCACGUGGGCCCUCGCAUGACGCGGCACAACGACUACUACGGCACCCGCGGCGACAGCAGCGACAGCGGCGACCCCGCCAACCCCUGGGGCCGCCCCACCAACGGCGGCGCCUCGCUGCAGCGCGCGCUGCGGCGGCUGGGCGAGCGGUACGGCAUCCGCGAGUGGUUUUGA